AUGGACUUAAAGAAGAGAACUUGCCUGGAAUUCCAACUGGAUGAAUUGCCCUGUCCACAUGCAAUUGCUGCUAUUAAUAAGAGAUAUUUGCAGAAAUCUGAUUACUACUCAAAUUGGUAUUCAAGGGAAACAUGGUUGAAAACAUAUGAAGGACAUGUGAAUACCGUGGGAGAUCAAAAAUCACGGAAAAUACCACAAAAUGUACAAUCUGAGAUCACAAAACCUCCCGAUGUAGAGAUUUUACAAGGAAGAAGACAAAAGAAGAGGCAUAUACCUGCGAUUGAAUCAUCAGUACCAUUCAAGUCUACCAAAUGCAGUCGAUGUAAACAAGUUGGGUAUAAUAGAACAACUUGCUUGUCUUCUCCAGCACCUCAUCCAUAUUCUAAGAAACACACUGAAAAAUACUCCAAGCUUCAAUAA